UGUCCGUGCUGGAGCCAUGACCCAGCAGGGCCGGGCUGCGUGGCUGCCUUCAGCUCUGCUGCUUCUCUGGGUCCCAGGCUCUUUGUCUCUGAGUGGCCCCAGCAACGUGACUGGCACCGUGGGGGGAUCCCUGAGCGUGCAGUGUCGGUACGAGGAGAAAUUCACAGAAAAUAAGAAAUACUGGUGCAAAAGCUCAUGUUCGUUACUGUGGAGGGAGAAGAUUGUGGAGACCACAGAGUCAGAGAGAGAAGAGAGGAGCGGCCACGUGUCCAUCAGGGACCAUCCAGCAAACCUCAGCUUCACGGUGACCAUGGAGAGGCUCACAAAGGAUGAUGAAGGCACAUACUGGUGUGGGAUCGAAACAUCGUGGUUCCAAGGAGUUCUACUUGACCCCAUCUUCCAGGUCGUGGUGUCUGUGUUCCCAGGUGAGCAUACACACCUGCUCCCCUUGUACCAGCGCCAGGGCCACCUGAAGAGGCUUAGGUCAGAAUAUAUCUCUGUAGCCAAGACCUCGACCAUCACCACCUCGGCCAUCACCACCUCGGCCAUCACCACCUCGGCCACCACCACCCUGGCCACCACCACCCCAGCCACCCCGAGUGCCACUCGCAGCACGAGCAGCCAGGAGAAACUGCAGCAGACCCAGGGCUGGGGGCUCCAAGUGCUGCUUUCCUUGUUAGCAGUUCUGCUGCUUCUGUCGGCGGGGACCUCACUGCUGGCCUGGAGAAUGGUUCAGAGACGGAUCACAGCUGGUGAGAAUCCAGAGCCACUCCAGAACCCCAGUCAGGCUGCUGACCCCAGUGAGCCCUGCUAUGUGAAUCUGGAGCUGCAGAUGUGUCCCCUUCGGGAAGAGCCCGUGCAACGGAGCCAGGAGGAGAUGGUAUACAGCACCGUGGCAGCCCCCAGGGAAGAUCUUCACUACACCUCAGUGGUAUUUGACCCCCAGAGUCAGGAUUCUGAGGCCAAUGGGAUUCCCUCCCAGAGGUCCCCGACGAAGGAGCCAGAGUACAGCGUGAUUAAGAAGACAUAAGCCUGCGUCUCCGGCCUCACCAUCUGGAGCUCUGUGAGUGCAGGACAGCAGCCCAGUCCCAUGUGGCUCCAGGAAAAGACGUGGCUCAUGUAGGAUGGUCCCUACGAAUAGCUUUGUGAAUCCCAGCCCCAUGGAAGUGUCUGGGAUUGCUGGGGAAUGGGAGGGCUGGCAGAGAGCUGGGAGAAUGCAGAGGCACCAACGAUGGGGUCCCCCUCACCUCGCAGACAAGGACACUGAGGCCAGAGAGGAGAGGCUUGCCUCUGGCUCCAGAACCAGCAGUGGGCAGCGUCCUCGGUUCCUCUGGACUCUUAGAUAGAUUUAUUUUUAACAUAAGAGAUAUCAAUAAAGUUUACAAUAUCUU